UGCGCUAACAUCCUGAAUCUCUGCCUGAGGGAGCUGUUUGAGUUUGGUUAUAUGCAGACCGACCCCAACUGGUCUAAUUUUCUGUACGACCCUCAGUCCGAGAAGGUCUCUCUGCUGGACUUCGGUGCCACGAGGGAGUUUAGCAAAGAAUUCACAGAUGAGUAUAUUGAGAUUAUCCGGGCGUCAGCCAAGCUGGACAGGGAGGAGGUGUUGAGGAGAUCCAUCAAUCUGAAGUUCCUGACGGGAUAUGAAACCAAGGAGAUGAUCGAUGCCCACGUGGAAGCUGUGAUCAUCUUGGGCGAGGCCUUGGCUUCCAAGAAACCCUUUGACUUUGGCAGCCAGAGCACGACCCGGCGCAUCCACUCCAUCAUCCCCGUCAUGGUCAACCACCGGCUCACGCCCCCGCCAGAGGAGACCUACUCGCUCCACCGCAAGAUGGCCGGCUCCUUCCUCAUCUGCACCAAGCUCAGGGCCCACAUCGCGUGCGGCAACAUGUUUGAGCGAGCCUACGCCAAUUACUGGGGGAGAAGGCGAUAGGAUUCCCCGGAGAGCGAGGAACGGGAUUUCAGGAGGAGGAAGGCUUGGGGUGGGGGGGGGAUGGGGAAUAGGGCGGAGCAGGAGGAGGGGGAGGUCACCAGCUCAGUGUCGCUCACGCUCCCCUGGGUCUCUCUCUCUGCCAGUGGUUCUGCCGCCCUCGGUGUCUUCAGUUCAGACCAUCCCAGCGUCCAUCCCGCAAGAGGCUCACACAGAGGUGCUAUGCAUUUGCUUUAGAGUAGGACUGGAGUUGGGG